GAUCCGCGCUGUGUUGUCAAGUUCUCAGAAGCAACGAAGUUUUUCCUUAGCAGCUGUGAGGCUUCCACGUCUACAAGGACUGACAGCUACUAUUACUACUACUACUACUACUACUACUACUACUACUACUACUACUACUACUACUACUACUACUACUUCUACCACCCCAGCUGCCACAUGAGCCUGGUGUCAGCUGCACUGGCCGCUACUUAUCAUAAAUCCGUGAGGCCUCAGCUACCAAGAGCUCGUGUAUGCAACACCAAGUGUUUUUUUUCUUCGUGCAGAAAACUUCCGUGAUUUUUUCAUUUACACCGAGUUCCUAUUAUAAUUCCACCUCCUUAUUUAUUUACGUGCUGUGAUAUAGGCUUAAUAAGAUCGUCAAGAUCCUCUCAGUUGUAUCUUGAUCGUUGAUGUAGUUGCUGAGGUGGAGAGAAAGUUUUCAUAUUUGAGUGUUUCGUGAAAUCUUUUGCACCUUUUGUGAAUGCAAGUUGCUGUAGAAAAGGCGAAAGUAUAUGUGAAAGAAAGUUGGUGCAAGGGUCAGUCAGUUUUGGCAAAUUAUUAGUACCCAAAAAAUUGAACAUUAUAGUUCACACAUAUAUAUUUUUUCUAAGAAUGUUUUGGUGGCAAUUAUUUCCCGUAAGAGUUUCUGCUUAAUUUAACAACGAUGGUGUAGCGUAGUACAGCGUUUAUCAGGCAGUGGCCAGCUUCACUUAGUGAGAGUAGCAACAAGAGUGGUGCUCGAUGCUUGCCCUGUGGGAUGCUGGUCUAGGUGGCCGAGCGAGGGACGGGAGCUGGAGGCCACAACAUGGCGAUACUCACCCCAGCCUGCUGCAACACCGCCCUCCCUCCGGCCCGUUUAUGAGAGCAUGUGGAUCCGGACGGUGAAAUGAUGAAAAAAUUACAUCAAGCCAAAUACAAUUUCAAGGCUAAGAGAAGAAGAAGAGGUGCGGGCAGUGGGAGCGGCGGCAGCAGCAGUAAGGAGCAGACUAUGGUUCCGACCCACCUCUAGCACUCCUUCAAACUCGAAGUAAAUAUAUCUCCUACACGACCAGUGCCAACUCUUGCUUAAGUUAGUCCUCGAGAUUAUUUUUUUAAGAGUUAUCCAUUAUAGACUUCAGCCGAAGGUGAAUACAUAUACAUAUAUAAAUAUAUAUAUUUAUAUAUAUGUAUAUAGUUAUACAUAUACCUGGAACUUAACGACAACGUAUAAACGACCUAUCCUGCUAUCUCCUGUUACCCUCACCAACCACGAGAGUUAAACCGAAAUAAAAAAAAUAAAAAGUUGCAGUCUUGACUCUAAGGUGACCCCGACACAGGUGUGUGAACGCGCACAGGUAGCAAGAUGCGUGAGGUGGUCGCGGGCGGUGACCUCCAGAGACUGACCCCGCGCACGCGCAGAGGGUGAAAUGAAGAAACAAAACGUUCGUACGGUUUCCCUUAUCGUGUGCACCUUCACAUACUUGCUGGUGGGAGCUGCGGUCUUUGACGCCCUCGAGUCAGAACACGAGAGGAGGAAGUCUGAAGUUCUCUGGGAGAUCGAGAAACAACUGAAAGAGAACUAUAGCAUCGAGGAGAGGGACUACCUGCUGCUGGAGACAGUGGUCUUGCAGGGGGUCCCACACAAGGCUGGCCAGCAGUGGAAGUUUGCCGGGGCUUUCUACUACGCCACCACCGUUCUUACUACCAUCGGUGAGUACCACUACAUCACAGCUGUGAACAUUGACAACUUGUUCACUAAAAUGACUACUGCAUCUCAAUCACUUCGUAGAUAA